UACGAUAAUUCAAAUAACAAUAAUCAAGAAAAAAAUAAUAACUAACUGUUAUGUAACUGAAUCAAAUAUUUUGUGUGCUAACGUGAUAUCGGAAUAAGAGUGAUAAUUACUUUAAUGUUAUUUGUGUAAUUCUGAUAUAUAAUUUGCAAUAUAGUUAUAUAAUAACUGUUAGUGUUAUAACUAUUAAUGUUAUAAUUAGUGUUAUAACUAUUAGUUCUAUGAUAGUUUACUACUUAUAAUUAUAUGUAUUGCUGAUGAAUUAACGUUAAUUUAACAUAACCUUAUUACAUUCAACUUCAUUUAACCUGAUAAAAAGGAAAUUAUGAUCGUUAUAUGUUUAUGUUGAUUUUCGUUUUGGAGCAAUCUUGUUGAUUCGAGCGAAUAUAUUGUCAAAGAUCCCAUAACAUUUUCGCUCAGUCAUGGCAUCGGAUCAUGAUCAGGUUUUUUUGCAAAUACUUCACGAGGAAAAGAACAUUGUUAAUUUCUUGGAUGUCUUUUUCGGAUUUUUAUACAGAUGCACAGACUUUUAUCUUGAAUCAAACUCGGAACAAAAACUGGGCUUUCCACCUGGAGUAGCAGAGAAACUUGUAUUAAAUAGCAUGUACAAGUGGAAGAGUACUUCGUCAGCUUUGAAAGAAACCACACCAAAUACAGCCAGCAACAGUUUAUUCGAAUCAAACGAAUUAACUGCGACACGAAAUGACAAUUGCAGGCUUAGCCCUCCUGUUGCUCAAGAAAUCGAAAUUAGCUCUUGUAACGAGCCUGACACCACUAAUGUACAUUCUAUGCCAUCGCUCAAAACAGAUCAUACCUCUGAUAGCUACAAUGGCGCUGUAAGAGAGAACUAUGUUUGGACCCAGACUCUCGACGACUUGGAUGUACUAAUAAAAAUACCAGAGCAUGUAAAGACAUCCAAGCAAACUAGAGUCAACAUUAGUUCGGAUGAGAUAAAAAUUGACGUCAAGCCUUUCGAUUCUAUGGAAGAUUCCGUGUGGAAUAACAUUUUCGAUGGCAAGCUCAGUUUUAAGGUCCGAAGAGAUGAAUCUGUAUGGAGCAUUGUAUCUGGAAAACACAUCAGUAUUCAUCUCGAGAAGGCUGCCGGAAGAUGGUGGGAGGCCCUGAUAGUUGAUGAGCCAAAAAUUGAAUUGAGCAAAAUCGACUGUACAAAAUAUUUCGAUGAUAUGGCGCAGGAUGAACAAAUGAAAGUGCAGGAAUUGAUGUGGAAUCAUCAACAGAAGCUCUUGGGCAAACCGACGUCCGAGCAAAUUAAGAUGGAAGCUACUCUGAAACAGGCGUGGAAUGCGAAAGGAUCACCCUUUCAGGGCACACCUUACGAUCCUUCCGUUUUAAAAUUU